GAAGCAGACGGGAAGAAGCAACGACCAAGGGAGGAGCGAUGGUAGCACUAACUCGGGGCCAUAGAGUAAAAAAAAUUUUAAAAAAAAUUCCCUGCGCGAAAGGGCGAUGGGGCGAUUCUGAAUCAGCUUAUUUUGACACUGUACUCUACAUCAAAACCAUAUCUGAGCAGGCAUCAAGCUUGUUUCAUAUUGCAUAAUUGAAAAAAAAAAAAAAAAUUCGAAGGAGGAGUCGUCCCCUCCAUAUGAGUUCGCGAGGAUGGAUCAUUAUCGUUCCGAUGCCUUCUGGGUACUCCAAGAUCGAAACAGUCUCGAUCAUCUUGCAGCUAGGAACAUCUCAAAUGGCUCAAUCUACAGAGGAUGACGAUUGGCCAUCCUCCGAAUCGUAUCUUCGCGCAGCCCAAUCCAACAAUUUCAUUCUGCAUUUGUCUCCAUCAUAUCGGUUCUGCACUGUCACCACGAUCACCAGUGACGCCGUAGGUACGGCCACGGCUGCUCGACUAGUUCGCCAGUAUGUCAACGCAAUGCCGGUUCCUCCUCUCGCAGGACACAUUGGAGACCACAUCAAGUUACGCCUCGACAGCGCGGUGAUCCGUUGCACACCGACGUCUUGGGAGGACUUGUAUCUGUAUAUCAUCCAAGAUCAGGAGUGGAAAUGGGAUGACCAGAUCGUUCUUGCAUGGCGGCAAGAUAUCAGCUAUCACUUCUUGCAGUGCUGUGCAAAACUUGAUCUCGACGCGGAGACAAUCGAAAGUUACCAAUCGGCGCUUGAAGAUGGUAUCCAAGAUAUCAACCUGGAUUCUUCAGAUGAGUUUCAUGACGCCGUAGAGGGAGGUUCAGGGGAACCUGCGAUCACUGCUGCAGAAUCUAGCGGGGUAAGUCCAAUCCUCCGCUAUCUCUUCAUAUGCUGAUCGUAGGCUGCUAGAGCCUCCGCUCCACCCAGCAUACACAGCAUGGAAAUCGACCACCGACCAUCAUGUUCCUCGUCCGCUUCGGAAACAGGAAUUGCG